AUGCACACGCUGAUUUCUACGUGUCCGCUGUUGUUGCGCCAUACGUUGCUACGUCAUCCAGCGAGAUUUAUCAUGUCAUCGACUGUGCCAGUGUUAUCGCGCAAAGAGGUGACGUACUUGAGGCAAAAUGAGGCUGCGAAGAUUGAUGAAGAGCUGUUUUCCGCUUACGGUUUCAAAGUGGAACAACUAAUGGAAUUAGCAGGUUUGGCAUGCGCCAAAGCCAUUCAUGCGCAAUAUUCGAAAGGAAAAGUGCUUGUACUCUGCGGUCCUGGAAACAAUGGAGGAGAUGGAUUCGUUUGUGCUCGUCAUCUUCAACAGUUCGGUUUUGAGCCAUCCAUUGUCUAUCCAAAGCCGUCGAAAGCAGAAUUGAUGCAGUCGCUGGUCAAGCAGUGUAGCGGAAUGGAGAUACCCGUGAUGUCUUCCCUACCAAAUCUUUCGGAUUAUUCUCUGGUUGUGGAUGCAUUUUUUGGAUUUUCUUUUCGUCCACCAAUACGAGAACCCUUUGGUGAGAUUAUCGAUGCUGUGACAAAGUCGGGAAUCUUCGUGUUUUCGAUUGAUAUUCCUUCAGGAUGGGACGUAGAAAAUGGAGCGCCAUCAGAAGGUCCAUAUGUUCACCCUCACGCCAUCAUAUCGCUAACAGCUCCUAAGUUAUGCGUUCGAGACUGGACUGGACCUCAUUUUGUGGGUGGACGAUUUGUACCUAAGCAGUUAGCAAAGGAACACAAUUUACUACUGCCGAAAUAUCCGAAUGCAGACCAAAUAGUUAAGCUGGAAUGA